AUGAAUUCGGGAAGGGAUCCGCCAAUCAAUCUACUAACUAUAUCUACGGAGGAAUUCGUGUUGUCACGAGACGACCUGAUCAGGAGAAUCCAGCAAAGGCGUUUCCCGAUAGAAUACUCUUCCGAAUGCCAAAGCGUGCCGAAAACCAGCUCCCUUUUCAAAUACAGCCCUUUCUUCAGUGAAGACAGGUUUAUCCGUAGCAGGACUCGCCUUGAGAGAGCCGAAUCGUUCACGUACGAUGAGAUAUACCCGAUUCUUUUACCCUCCGACGAACCCGCCGUAAAGCUACUAAUUCUCAAUAUACACGCGCGGGAAUGCCUCCAUUCCGGUGGAAUCGUCGGCACUCUACACAAUCUCAGAAGGCGCUAUCUGGUCCUGAAGGCCAGACGCCUCACUAAAGAGGUCAUAGCGAAGUGUACGACUUGUCGUCGCUUCAAGGCCGUCCCUGGACAAAUGGAGUCCCCCUGCCUGCCCGCUUUCCGUGUGGAUCACGAUAUCCCAUGGUCAACCACGGCAGUCGAUUUUGCCGGACCACUAGCGUACAAGGAUGAGAAUGGCAAAACUCGGAAAGUGUAUCUGCUCCUGUAUACAUGUUGUCUUAUCCGUGCAGUGCAUCUGGAGCUGUGCCUGGAUAUGACCACCUUUGAAUUCCUCCUGGCAUUCCGCAGAUUCGUCAACCGCUUCCCGACAGUCGUCCGAAUGUUGUCAGAUAACGGGCUGACCUUCAAACGAGCCGCGCGGGAGUUUAGAAUCAUGUUCAGGCACCUCCAAAGCCCCGAUGUGAACUCGUGGCUGAACUCAAAGGAAAUUACAUGGUCCUUCAUCACCGAGAAAAGCCCUUGGAGAGGCGGAGUUCAUGAACGGUUGAUUCAGGUCGUGAAGCGGCCCCUCAGGAAAGUUCUGCGCCGUAAAGUCCCGUUCUUUCGCGAACUCGAGACCAUUCUCACGGACAUCGAAGCUAUGGUUAACAGUCGGCCGCUUACGCCGGUAAGCACAACGCCAGAUGACAUCCGGGCUCUUACUCCCGCCGACCUGAUGUUCGGCUACAGAGCUACGACCCGUCUGCCGACUGUAGAUCUGAAGGAGGUCCGUAGAGAAGACUCGAACGCCGUCAUACUCUUACAGAGGCACGUUUAUCUACAAAAUAUCCUAAGCGCAUAUUGGAAACGUUUCCGAUCGGAGUAUCUACAACAGUUAAGGUCGAUGCACACCCGAAACCCUUGCAAAUCUACAGAAUUCGCUCCCGGCGACGUUUGUCUGCUCUUCGAUGAAAGCCCGAAUAGAGCGACCUGGCCACUGUGCCGGAUUAUGUCACUCUACGGAGGGGACUCGACAGACGGCAAGAAGCGAUCCUGCGUUAUACGCUGCGCAAAUGGGAAGACCUACAACCGACCAAUCCAGCUGCUUUAUAAACUCGAGAGUGCUCCGAUUGACGAACCAUCUCAACGUCCAGCCGAGAACGCUAGCCAGUAG